AUGGUCGUUGGUCAUGCAGUGGUGGUGAUGGAACCCUCGCAUGAUGCAAUAACCACCAAAGCCUCUUCCUCAUCACCUCCAACAUCAUCAUCCUCAUGGACCAAUGGUCGGAGAGGUUCCAUGGUGGAAAUAACAUUGAUGAAUCAACAACAACAUAGUGAUUCUCAACAACAACACGUCUUCUCUCAUCCAACAACGAGCAAUGAUGAUGAUCCUAACAACCAAACGAGUAGUAGUAGUAUAAUUAUUUCGGAAACUGGGAGCAACACAUCCACAACGGAAAGAUCCGAUCCAAUCCUCCUAACAACAAGAACAACCACAACUUUGGACCCUAGUGCUACCACAAGAACCACAACAGAGAGAGAAAAUCAUUCUCAUCCUUCUCAUCAUCAUCAUGAGAAUACUUCUUCUCCAUCUUAUUUUGGAAAAGAUGAUCCGAGUGAGAUUGUGGUCGAAGGCUCGACCUUAUAUUUCUAUCCGCAUCAUUCUCAUCAAUCCUCCUCAUCCUCAUCCAAUUUAUCAUCCUCUCAACAACCAAUAAUGAAUAAUAACAACAAUUACCAUAUUGGAGGAGGAGUUUAUUAUCAGCCUCAUCAUCCUUCUCAUCAUUUCCUUCAUCAUCCUCACUUUCAUCACUUUCCUUCCCAAUUUUUGUACCAUCAGUUUCACGGCAAGAGUCCUUUGUACAGCAAUAUCAACAAUCAUCAUCCUGUAGAUUCUCAACAAGCUCUAUCGUCAACAACCAUUGAAAUGUCUUCUUCUUCCUUAAAGGAAAAUGUGAUCGAGAAGGAGACGGGUAGUAAUCAUCAUCAUAAUAAUAAUUUUGAUACAGAGCUAAAUGUGGCAUCGCAGCAGCAAUCAUCACUGCCUCUUGCAUAUCAUCAUCAAAUGGCCUCCUCCAACCAACAGCAUCCUCAUGUCAACAGAUGGAAUAGUCACCCUACAUUUCCUGUAUCCUCAACGAGAUCGAAUCACAAAUUUCAGGAAUUAUAUAUUGACGAAUAUUCACUGCCUCAUUAUGUCCAACAAAAUCCGUGUGAUCGAAUUAAGGUUGUGAACGAGAGUCAAUUUCUUGAUCCAAAACUAUGGAUUAUACCAAAUAAUUCCAUAUUUUGCGAACCAAUAUUUACAGUCUUGAUGAAUUUAACGUUAUUUGGUCUUGGUCACACUCUCAUGGGUCAAGAUCGAAAGGGAGUUGCCUACUUGCUGGUGAGCAUGAUUAUGGCUUUCACUUGUUGUGUUGGCAUUGGGUUUGUGGCUUUACCUAUUUUUAUUUAUUGGCAUGUGAUGGUCGUUGUGGAUGGAUACAAGAUGGCGACUAGGCUGAAAAAAGGCUUUCCAAUUCAUCAGGGAGAAUGCAGCAAUUCAUGGGCCACAAAAUUUGCUGGCUUAUUUGUGGGAUAUGACGUGACACUUUUCGAUUCGACCAACCCACGACACUGUACUCAAGAAUGGUUGGACAUGAUCAAUAGCUUGAAUACGAUAUGA